UGCCAUAAUUACUUUAAUACGUGCUCUGUGUUAAUUUUUGUUGUUUUGUUUCAACUUUCACUGAACUCGUGUUUGUUUUCUCUUUUAAUUCAAAAAUGACUGUAAAACUGUAUCAUUUUCCAGUUAGCGGCCCUUCUCGUGGUGCAUUGCUUGCUGCUAGAUCAAUUGGGGUGCCUAUAGAAAUAGAGAUAGUGGACUUAUUCAAAAAAGAACAACUCAAGGAAAGUUUUUUAAAGUUGAAUCCUCAACAUUGCAUACCAACGUUGGACGACGACGGUUUUGUUCUCUGGGAAAGCCGAGCGAUUGCGAGCUACUUAGCUGAUAAGUUUGGCAAGGAUGACCUUCUGUAUCCUAAAGAUUUAAAACGGCGCGCCCUUGUAAACCAGAGACUGUAUUUUGAUAGCUCUUCUCUUUACGUGAAAAUAAGAUCGAUUUGUUUCCCAAUACUUUUUCUUGGAGAAACGGAGAUAAAACCAAACCUGAAAGAUGACCUCAAUUCAACCCUUGCUUUUCUUGAUCAGUUUUUGAGUGGAAGCAAAUGGGUAGCUGGUGAUAAUGUCACCAUUGCAGACACAUCUAUCUAUGCAUCUUUGUCUAGCAUACUUGCUGUAGGAUGGGACAUUUCAAAGUUCUUGAAUAUCACCCGUUGGGUCAAACAAUGUGAAUCUCUACCUGGUUAUGCUGAGAAUGAAGAAGGAGCUAAGGCAUUUGGAGAAGCUGUCAAGAAGAACCUUAAACAGUAAAAGCCAUUAUUACAAAUAUAACAUUUGUUGUAUAUUUUUCAAUUAAAUCUUAUGAUAAAAACAUUAUUAUGUUAA